CACAGCCAUCUAUCUCUUUUGAUUUUUGGAAGUUGCUGAUUAAGAUGGUUAAAAUGGUUUAUUACAUAGUUGGCCUUUUGAUCAUGGUCAUGGACGUUGUAGCUGGUAUUCUAGGCAUCCAAGCUGAGUUUGCCCAAAACAAGGCCAUAACCCUUCGGCUGUGGAUAUUUGAAUGCACACACCCAAGCUAUGAAGCUUUCAAACUAGGCACGGUUGCAACAGUACUAUUGACCUUGGCACAUGUCGCUGCCGUUAUGCUCAGCGGGUGCGUCUGCAUUGGGUCUAAGGAAGAGUUGGAUCAGUCAUCUAACAUUAAGCGGCUUGCAGCAGCUUCUCACGUUUUAGCAUGGGUCAUAAUGGUUAUAGCAUUCUUAAUGCUAAUCAGUGGGACAAUAUCGAACUCAAGGUCGAGGCAAAACUGCGGAAUUUCAAACCAUCAUCAUUUGUCCAUAGGAGGAAUUUUGUGUUUUGUCCAUGGACUUUUUGCCGUCACUUAUUAUAUUUCUGCAACAGCAGUCAUUCAAGAAGGAAAGAAGUUGAAGCAUCCUGCAACUGCAGGUGCAGCUGCCAAUGCUUGAAAGGACCUGAAAACUAUUCAGUUCGUUUUUUGUUUACAAUUCAAAUGCUAUUGAUUUGUAAUUAUUUUGCAAGAAGCUUGCUGCAAUGUGCUUUCAUCGUUCUUUCUUCUCUCUUUUCAAAUAGGUUCUUGCUGAUGUUUAAGGCGUAUUUGUUACAAAGUUGGAGUUCAUUAUCUUUCUGAAGCAAAAAAAUUUAACGGGACUAUAGUGUUUUGCAGGUUUGCUUAAUUACAAGAGUCUGGUGAAUAAAAUUCUACUGAUCAAUUGUUAACCAAACAAGGCAUGACAGGGGGUUGGUAAUUCA